AUGACGGUCAAGUUCGUGCUCAUGGUGAACAAGCAAGGACAGACGCGGUUGGCGAGGUACACGGACACGAGCAUGACGACGGAGGAGAAGCGCACGCUCGAGGGAGAAAUCGUGCGGAAAUGCCUGGCGAGAGGCGAGCAGCAGAGCAACGUCAUCGACCACCGUGGAAUGAAGGUCGUGUACCGCCGAUACGCGUCGCUGUUUUUCCUCAUGGGGGUCGAUGCGGACGAGAACGAGCUGGUGGUGAUGGAGUUUGCACAUGCCCUGGUCGAGGCACUGGACAAGUUCUUCCGCAACGUCUGCGAACUCGAUAUCAUGUUCUACCUCAGCUCGGUGCACAUGAUCCUGGACGAGAUGCUGGCCAACGGGGCGAUCUGCGACACGAGCAAAGCGAGCGUCCUUGCACCUCUGACGCUGCUGGCAAGCCAUCACGAAUAG